UAUUGAGAGCAAACACGAAGUCACAAUCUUAGGAGGACUCAAUGAAUUUGUUGUGAAGUUUUAUGGACCACAAGGAACACCAUAUGAAGGUGGAGUAUGGAAAGUUAGAGUCGACCUUCCUGAUAAAUACCCUUUCAAAUCCCCAUCUAUAGGAUUCAUGAAUAAGAUUUUCCAUCCCAACAUUGAUGAAGCGUCAGGAACUGUAUGUCUAGAUGUAAUCAAUCAGACUUGGACAGCUCUCUACGAUCUCACCAAUAUAUUUGAGUCGUUCCUGCCUCAGCUGUUGGCCUAUCCCAACCCUAUAGAUCCUCUAAAUGGUGACGCUGCAGCCAUGUACCUCCACCGACCAGAAGAGUACAAACAGAAAAUCAAAGAGUACAUUCAGAAAUAUGCAACAGAAGAAGCACUAAAAGAGCAAGAAGAAGGCACUGGGGACAGCUCCUCCGAGAGCUCCAUGUCCGACUUCUCGGAAGAUGAGGCUCAGGACAUGGAGUUGUAGUAGAAGAGGUCAACCUGCUUUUCAGAGAGACUCUAAUUUCCUAACCAUGAGAAGCAGACUAUAAUAUUCAUAUUUAAACAAAGCAAUUUUUUUUAUUACUAAACAAGGUUUUUAUGAAUAAUAGCAUUGAGAUAUAUCUAUCACCCUUUAGAUCUUGAUUUUUUUUGGGUUUUUUUUUUUUCUUGGUCAUUUCUCCACCCCAAGGUGCAUAGCAUAUUCCCACAUUCCAUUUUGGUAGCAAUAUGCAGCCCUAAGUGCAUGCAUUGAGAUUCCACUUGGCCAAGGCAACUUUGUGUGCUACUGAACUGUCAGCUCCAACCAGCUGCACUGGGAGGGAAGGAGGGAGCAAAAAAAAAAAGAACGGAAGAAGAAGUGUUUUGCUUUCUUCUGCAUGUUUCCAAAGACACCACCUUGGAUGCUCACCUUGGAAC